AUGCGUCUUCUGAUAUUCCUCUCUGGGCUAGCUGUCUCCAUCGCUGCCCCUGGUUCUGCACCGCGGGCCGUCCAUGCGCCACUCCUUAUUCCUCGUGGGGACGAUGCAAGCCUCGUUGCCGAUAGAUACGUCGUCUACCUUCGCUCUGGCGCCUCUGAAGCCGACCACAAAGACGCUAUAAAAAGUUUUAAUAUCAAGCCCAGACACGAAUACAAGCACCUCCGCCGCGGUUUUUCAGCCACUCUUGACGGAAAUACACUUGCGGGCUUGCGAAGACAUCCAGCUGUCGACUUCAUUGAACAAGUGACAACGUCUUCCAUUUCUAGUUCCGAGCCAGUGAAUCGGGCCCUUCAAAACUCGACAGGCACUCCUAUCGAGCAGAAGGGCGCAACGUGGAAUCUGGGCCGCAUUUCAAACCAAAAAUCAACUUCCGAGGGUGAAUCCAAGUACGUGUACGACUCUCGAGCCGGCGAGGGCACCUGCACCUAUGUUAUCGACACUGGAGUGGACGACACUCACCCGGAGUUUGAAGGGCGCGCACUGCAAAUCAAGUCCUUCGUCGCCAACUCAACCGUCGAUGACAGCGCAGACGGCCAUGGCACCCACGUUGCCGGCAUCAUUGGCAGUGCUUCCUACGGAGUAGCAAAAAAGACCAAGAUAUUCGGCAUCAAAGUAUUGGACUCUAAUGGUGAUGCCGAGGGCGACAGGCUCAUUGCAGGCUACGCGUCCACAGGCCUCGAGUACGUGCCCGUCGAUGCCGCGAAUCGCACCUGCCCCAAUGGCGUCGUGGUCAAUUAUAGCAUCAAUUCAAAAGGCUACGCCAAAUCCAUCAAUGUUGCCGCGGCCGAACUCGCCAAGAAGGGCUAUUUCGUGGCCGUCGCGGCCGGCAACAAGCCCAGAGACGUGGCGCAGUCGUCGCCCGCCUCCGAGGCGACGGUCUGCACUGUCGGGUCUAUUGAUAUUAACAAUAAGCCUGCCGUCGACACUGGUUACGGCCCGGGCGUUGAUCUGAUGGCUCCUGGUGUGGACAUCUUGUCGCUUCAGCCGGAUAACAGAACUUCAUUGUUGAGUGGAACGUCAAUGGCCACGCCCCAUGUUACUGGUCUGGCGGCGUAUUUUGCUUCUAUUUAUGGCAAGUCGGCUAUUCCGAACAUGUGUCAGUACUUGAAGGACGUGGCGGUCAAGGGGGCGGUCAAGGAGCAGAGGCUGUGUACGGCGAACCUUGUUGCUACUAACGCGGUUGUGGAUGUAUAA